ACAACAAAGUACAAAAUGGCAAGAAUCAAUAUUUCACUCACUCCUCUGUUUUAUUUCUUUUUCUUUUCGUUGUUAUCUCACCAAACCAUGUCCCAACCUCAACACAUGCACACUUUCUGCAAUCCUUCGGACGACUUCACACAAACCAGUUUAUACGAAACAAACCGCAACAUCCUACUCACCGCUUUCAGCUUGUCUUCCUCGCUCGUACACUAUUCAAACGCCACAAUCGGUCUUAGCCCCGACACAGUCUAUGGCAUGUUCCUCUGUAGAGGAGACAUCAACACAACAACUUGCUCCGACUGUGUCCAAACCGCAGCAAUCGAGAUCGCUACAAACUGUACUCUUAACAAAAAAGCACUCAUAUACUACGAAUACUGUAUGGUUCGUUACUCUAGUGUUUCCUUCUUCUCUGAAUUGGAUAUCAGACCAAGCGUCGUUCGUUACUCUAUUAUUUCUGCUCCAAACUCAAACCGGUUUAACCAAACACUGUCUGAUAAAUUCGACAAACUGAUUCUUAAGGUCUCUUCGACAACUUUGAUUCCGUAUUUCGUGGAGGAUCUAGAACGUAUGACUCAGUUAGAGGGCUCAUAUGAUUUAGUGUCAAUGGUUCAGUGUAGUCCUGAUCUUGAUCUAUCAGCCUGUACCGUUUGCCUCAAAUUUGCGUUCUUAAGAGUUUCGACUUGUUGCGGUUUACCAAGUUCGGCUCUGACCUUUACUCCUAAAUGUAUUUUGAGAUACAGAACCUUUGUUUUGCCAUCACCAGCACCGUCUCCAUCGUCUCUGCCUCCUCUACCUUUGCCGCCUCAAUCGCCUCCUACGCAAGCACCGCCGAACACUUAAUCCGUCGUUUCUUAAAAACGCUAUAUGAUUGUAUGUAUAGUUUAGAACUUUUAAUCAUAUAAUCGUUCCUAAUUUUUCACAU